ACGCUGAACCCGGGAGUGGGGCGGCCAGGAUUGGCUGGUGGUGGGGAGGAGGACGCUGGGUGGGAGGGCUCAGAGCCAGGCGUUGCAGUACCGGCUCUGUGCCGCUAGAUGACGCCCCCUCCCAACGGGAGCCGGGCGCGGGUUCCUGGCCGACAGAUGGCGCCUGCGCGUUCCAUUCGCCUCCAAGUCGCUGAAGAGCGAACACCCCAAACAAUCCCGAAGCGCCACCAAAAAAAAAAAAAAAAAAGAAAAAAAAAGAAAGAAAGAAAAAAAAAAAAAGAAAAAAAAACCCCGCCGGAUCCGAUCGCCACUUUCAAAACCCCCCACCGUUCUAGAACCGCGGGAGCUUCCGUCCCUGAGUAGAAUUCGAGGGUGUAAAGAAGAGGAAGGGGAAAAAAAAAUCUUGUACCAGCCCAGGGGUGAAGAAGCCCCCGGCCUGAGAAAGAAGGAAGGAGUGGGGGAGGUGAACAGUCUCGUUGCUGCCUCCGUGUACGCUGAGGGGGGAGGAAUUGUCUUUCUUAGAAGAAAGAAACAAUAUACCAUUUUACUCACGUAAAUAUAUGAGUAUAUUUCUGAUAUUGGAGUGUUCCAGAAGAUGAUAAAGAAAUGAUAGCAGCUCCAGAAAUACCAACUGAUUUUAAUCUACUACAGGAGUCAGAAACGCAUUUUUCUUCUGACACAGAUUUUGAGGACAUUGAAGGAAAAAACCAAAAGCAAGGGAAAGGCAAAACUUGUAAAAAAGGCAAAAAGGGCCCAGGAGAAAAGAGCAAGGGUGGAAAUGGAGGAGGGAAACCUCCUUCUGGUCCAAACCGAAUGAAUGGUCAUCACCAACAGAAUGGAGUGGAAAACAUGAUGUUAUUUGAAGUUGUUAAAAUGGGCAAGAGUGCUAUGCAGUCGGUGGUAGAUGAUUGGAUAGAAGCGUACAAGCAUGACCGAGAUAUAGCACUUCUUGACCUUAUCAACUUUUUUAUUCAGUGUUCGGGCUGUAAAGGAGUUGUCACAGCAGAAAUGUUUAGACAUAUGCAGAACUCUGAGAUAAUUCGGAAAAUGACUGAAGAAUUUGAUGAGGAUAGUGGAGAUUAUCCACUUACCAUGGCUGGUCCUCAAUGGAAGAAGUUCAAAUCCAGCUUUUGUGAAUUUAUUGGUGUAUUAGUACGGCAAUGUCAAUAUAGUAUCAUAUAUGAUGAGUACAUGAUGGAUACAGUCAUUUCACUUCUUACAGGAUUAUCUGACUCACAAGUCAGAGCAUUUCGACACACAAGCACCUUGGCAGCUAUGAAGUUAAUGACAGCUUUGGUGAAUGUGGCACUAAAUCUUAGCAUUAAUAUGGAUAAUACACAAAGGCAAUAUGAGGCAGAACGGAAUAAAAUGAUUGGAAAACGAGCCAAUGAGAGACUGGAACUCUUGCUACAAAAACGGAAAGAGCUUCAGGAAAAUCAAGAUGAAAUAGAAAAUAUGAUGAAUGCAAUAUUUAAAGGAGUGUUUGUACAUAGAUACAGGGAUGCAAUAGCUGAAAUCCGAGCUAUAUGCAUUGAGGAGAUUGGCAUUUGGAUGAAAAUGUAUAGUGAUGCUUUUCUUAAUGACAGUUAUUUAAAAUACGUUGGUUGGACUAUGCAUGAUAAGCAAGGUGAGGUAAGACUCAAGUGUCUUACUGCUCUACAAGGGCUUUAUUAUAACAAAGAGCUUAAUUCCAAACUGGAGCUAUUUACCAGUCGGUUCAAGGAUAGAAUUGUGUCUAUGACCCUUGACAAAGAAUAUGAUGUUGCAGUACAAGCAAUAAAAUUACUGACUCUUGUUUUACAGAGUAGUGAAGAAGUUCUUACUGCUGAAGAUUGUGAAAAUGUCUAUCAUCUGGUUUAUUCAGCUCAUCGACCAGUAGCAGUAGCAGCUGGAGAAUUUCUCUAUAAAAAGCUCUUCAGUCGUAGAGAUCCAGAGGAGGAUGGAAUAAUGAAAAGAAGGGGAAGACAAGGUCCAAAUGCCAACCUUGUUAAGACAUUGGUAUUUUUCUUUUUGGAAAGUGAGUUGCAUGAACAUGCAGCAUACCUUGUGGAUAGCAUGUGGGACUGUGCUACUGAGCUGCUGAAAGACUGGGAAUGUAUGAAUAGCUUGUUGCUAGAGGAGCCACUUACUGGAGAGGAAGCACUAACAGACAGACAAGAGAGUGCUCUGAUUGAAAUAAUGCUUUGUACUAUUAGACAAGCUGCUGAAUGUCAUCCUCCUGUUGGAAGAGGGACAGGAAAAAGGGUGCUGACAGCGAAAGAGAAGAAGACCCAGUUGGAUGACAGGACAAAAAUCACUGAACUAUUUGCUGUCGCCCUUCCUCAGUUAUUAGCAAAAUACUCUGUAGAUGCGGAAAAGGUGACUAACUUGUUGCAGUUGCCUCAGUACUUUGAUUUGGAAAUAUAUACCACUGGACGAUUAGAAAAGCAUUUGGAUGCCUUACUGCGCCAGAUACGAAAUAUUGUAGAGAAGCACACAGAUACAGAUGUUUUAGAAGCAUGUUCUAAAACUUACCAUGCACUCUGUAAUGAAGAAUUCACAAUCUUCAACAGAGUUGAUAUUUCAAGAAGUCAACUGAUAGAUGAAUUGGCAGAUAAAUUUAACCGGCUUCUUGAGGAUUUUCUACAAGAGGGUGAAGAACCUGAUGAAGAUGAUGCUUAUCAGGUAUUGUCAACAUUGAAGAGAAUCACUGCAUUUCAUAAUGCUCAUGAUCUUUCUAAAUGGGAUCUGUUUGCUUGUAAUUACAAACUGUUGAAAACCGGAAUUGAAAACGGAGAUAUGCCUGAGCAGAUUGUUAUUCAUGCACUUCAGUGUACUCACUAUGUAAUCCUUUGGCAGCUUGCUAAGAUAACUGAAAGCAGCUCUACAAAGGAGGAUUUACUACGUUUGAAGAAACAGAUGAGGGUAUUUUGUCAAAUAUGUCAGCAUUACCUGACCAACGUGAAUACUACUGUUAAGGAACAGGCCUUCACUAUUCUAUGUGAUAUUUUGAUGAUCUUCAGCCAUCAGAUUAUGUCAGGAGGACGAGACAUGUUAGAGCCAUUAGUUUACACCCCUGAUUCUUCAUUGCAGUCAGAGUUGCUCAGCUUUAUUUUGGAUCAUGUCUUCAUUGAACAGGAUGAUGAUAAUAAUAGUGCAGAUGGUCAGCAAGAGGAUGAAGCCAGUAAAAUUGAAGCUUUGCACAAGAGGAGAAAUUUACUUGCAGCCUUUUGUAAGCUAAUUGUAUAUACUGUGGUAGAGAUGAAUACAGCUGCAGAUAUCUUCAAGCAGUAUAUGAAGUAUUAUAAUGAUUAUGGAGAUAUCAUCAAAGAAACGAUGAGUAAAACAAGGCAAAUAGACAAAAUUCAGUGUGCUAAGACUCUUAUUCUCAGUUUGCAACAGCUUUUUAAUGAGAUGAUACAAGAAAAUGGCUACAAUUUUGAUAGAUCAUCUUCAACAUUUAGUGGCAUAAAAGAACUUGCUCGACGUUUUGCUUUAACUUUUGGACUUGAUCAAUUGAAAACAAGAGAAGCCAUUGCCAUGCUACAUAAAGAUGGCAUAGAAUUUGCUUUUAAAGAACCUAAUCCACAAGGGGAGAGCCAUCCACCUUUAAAUUUGGCAUUUCUUGAUAUCCUAAGUGAAUUUUCUUCUAAACUACUUCGACAAGACAAAAGAACAGUGUACGUUUACUUGGAGAAGUUCAUGACCUUUCAGAUGUCACUCAGGAGAGAAGAUGUGUGGCUUCCACUGAUGUCUUAUAGAAAUUCUUUGCUAGCUGGUGGUGAUGAUGACACAAUGUCAGUCAUUAGUGGAAUCAGCAGUCGGGGGUCUACUGUACGGAGUAAAAAAUCAAAACCAUCUACAGGAAAACGGAAAGUGGUUGAGGGCAUGCAGCUUGCACUCACUGAAGAAAGCAGUAGUAGUGACAGUAUGUGGUUAAGCAGAGAGCAAACCCUGCAUACCCCUGUUAUGAUGCAGACACCACAGCUUACCUCGACUAUUAUGAGAGAACCCAAAAGAUUACGGCCUGAGGAUAGCUUCAUGAGUGUCUAUCCAAUGCAGACUGAGCAUCAUCAAACUCCUCUUGAUUAUAACACGCAGGUAACAUGGAUGUUAGCUCAAAGACAACAAGAGGAAGCAAGGCAACAGCAGGAGAGAGCAGCAAUGAGCUAUGUUAAACUGCGAACUAAUCUUCAGCAUGCCAUUCGGCGUGGUACAAGCCUAAUGGAAGAUGAUGAAGAGCCAAUUGUUGAAGACGUUAUGAUGUCCUCAGAAGGAAGGAUUGAGGAUCUUAAUGAGGGAAUGGAUUUUGACACAAUGGAUAUAGACUUGCCACCAUCAAAGAACAGACGAGAGAGAACAGAACUGAAGCCUGAUUUCUUUGAUCCAGCUUCAAUUAUGGAUGAAUCAGAUUAUGGGGUCUUAUAGCUGACUUGCUGUUAGGAAGUGGAUCUGGUCAGAAAAGGCCUCUCUGCCAUGCUGUCCUGCCUUGAAGCCAGUGGACUACAGACUGAAAAUAACUAAGACAAUAUAAGAGAAAUGACAGAGGACUGUGAUUCUGUUUACAGAAGAGAAAGUUCCAUAGGUGAAGCGUCAUUGGAGUCAUUGAAUGAUUGUUGGAUAUUACUCAUUAUUUCUAAUUUAUCUAAGUUAUGGAUAUGAAGUUUUAAGAAAAACAGUGUGUGAUGGAAAAUGUUGGAAACAGUUGCUGAGGCAGGAUAUCAAGAGUGGAAAAGAACUGCUAGACCAAUGAUGUCCUCUGAAACCAAAAACACACAGAAAAUCUAAAAACUUCCUGGGGAAACUUUUCCAUUUAACUGCAUUUUAUGGUUUUGGAAAAAUUGAGAACAGAUUAUUCCACUACAAGGGAUAUCUUGAACAGCAGAUAGGUUGCCCUCAAACUUCUAAUUGUCUAUUUCUGAUUAAAAGGAAGGUCAGCUGCAUCCGAUACAUAUUAUGGAUUGCAUUUUAGAAGAGAAAAAAGAUAAAAAGUAGAAAAACUGGUCAAACCUAAAUCCCCAUUUUACUUAAUGUUAAGGUAUCAAAGUUGGUUUCUUGGUUUUGACAAAUGUACUAUGGCCAUAUAAGGUGUUAAACUUUGGAAAAACUGGGUGAGAACAUAUAAGACUUGUCUGCACUGUCUCUGUAGUUAUCUAGGAAUCUAAAUUUAUUCCAAAAUUUUGAAAAAAAUUAAAAAUAUCCAAAACUAAGAGAAAAUAAUAAAUGAAAGCAGGCGGGUGAGCUGGGCUUGGUGGAGCAUGCCUAUAAUCCCGGAGACUGAGACAGGAGGUUCAUUGCAAGUUUGAGACCAGCCUGCGUUACAAAGUGAGCAAAAUGUCAACCUGAGCUGCAAUGGCAAGAUUUUGUAGAAAGAAAGAAAAGAAAGGAAGGAAGGAAGGAAGAAAGAAAGAAAGAAAGGAAGGAAGGAAGGAAGGAAGGAAGGAAGGAAGAAAGAAAGAAAGAAAGAAAGAAAGAAAGAAAGAAAGAAAGAAAAAGAAGGAAAGAAAGAAAGAAGGGAAGGAAGGAAGGAAGAAGGGAAGGAAGGAAGGAAGGAAGAAAGGAAGGAAGGAAGGAAGGAAGGAAGGAAGGAAGGAAGAAAAGAAAUAUAGCAGGCUGGCGGGUUUAUGUAGGGGGAUAUUGCCCUCAGGACAAGACAGAAUCAACAGCGGUCAGACAUGAAUGAUAUAAUGAUCAUGCCAAACAUGGAAUGGAAAGUUAGAUAAUGGAACACAGUUAAAGGAAAAAAAGUAAAAAGAAUCGCUUCAGGAUAAUUAUUGUAAAUUUUGAGAAAAUUAUCUCAAAAACAAUAAAAUGUGUACUACAAUAAAACAGCAUUGAUAUAAACACAUUCUCAAACAGGUUAUUCUUUAGUCUUUAGGAAUGUUCAAUUUACAUGGAAUUAGCAUAUCCCAUCUUUGGUAAAAGUUACAAGAAAUACAGAUGUGAUUUUCCUCUUCUGUACAGAUGUUAUCUUUGGGUUUUUUUUUUAAACAGGUACAUGUUUAUUGUACAUAAUGAUUAUAUUCAUCGUGGGGAGUUGGUACAGAUGCGUAAUGCAUCUCUUCUUUGUUCAUUUCUCUUUCUUUCCCUUUUCCCUCUGCCCUUGGUCUCCUCAACCCCUUCCCUUUUCAAAUGAUCUAUCUCUCUAUCUCCUAUUAUUGGUCUUUUAUUUUGUUCUUAAUUUAUAUUUUGGAUUCCUCGUAUAAGACAAACCAUGUGAUAUUUAAGCUUGUGUGUCAUUUAUUUCAUUUAACAUUAUGGUUUCAAGAUGAAUCCAUUUUCCUAUAAAUGACUCAAAUUCGUCUUACUUAAUGGCAGAGUAAUACUCCAUUGUGUAUACGUACACAUUUUCUUUAUUCAGUCUCUUGUUCAUGAACAGAUGGGCUGCUUCUAAGAUUUAGUUUUUGUGAGUUGUGCUGCUGUAAACACGGGUAAUGUAUGUAUCACUGUAAUAUGAUGGCUUUAACUGUUUCAGAAAGAUACCUAAAAGGGAAAUAUCUAGGUGAAAUAGAAUUUCUAGUUUUGUUAUGCUUUGUAGUUUUUGAGAAAUCUCAACACUCCAUAGCAUUUGAACUAGUUUGCAUUCCCACCACCAACAAAGAAGGGUUCUAUUUCUCCUGAAGCCUCACCAAGCAUUUGUUACUAUUAGAACAAAUGGCUAUUCUUGAUGAUAGUCAUUCUUUCUAGAGUAAGAUAAAAUUUGAGUGCUUUUAAAUAUUUCAUCUCUCCAAUGACUUAAGAUGUUGAUCACUUUUUGAUGUAUUUGUUGGCUGUUUGCACUUCUUCUAAGAAUUAUCUAUUCAUUUCAUUUGCUCAUUUUCUGAUUGGAUCUUUUAUUUUGAGGAGGUCUAAUUUUUUGAGUCCGUUAUAUAUUCUAGAUAUUAGUCCCCUGUCAAUGGAAUAGCAGGCAAUUUUUUCCCAUUCUAUAAAUUAUCUCUUCACUUGGUUAUUUCUCUUGCUGUGCAGAAGUGUUUUAAUUUGCUAUGAUCCCAUUUGUUGAUUUUUGGUGCUAUUUCUUGUGGAAUCCGGCUCUGUUCAGGAAAUUCUGUGCCUGUGCCUAUGCCUUCAAGAUUUUACAUAUUUCAUCUUCCAGAAUAUUGUUUGGGUUUUAUCAUUUCGAUCUUUGAGUCAUUUUUAUUUUAGUACAUAUAGAGUAAGUCUUCUGCAGGUUGAUAGCCAGUUUCCCCAGAAUCAUUUGUUAAAAAGCCUGUCUUUCCUCCAGAGUAUAUUUUUGGACCCUUUGUGAAAGCUCAGAUGGUGGAAUGUGGCUGGAGCUGCUUCUGCAUUCUUUCUCUUGUUCCAUUGAUUCACAUAUCUGGAUUUGUGCCAUUACCAUGCUAUUUUUAUUCUAGUGUAGCUUGUAGUAUAACUUGAAGUUGGAUUAUGAUGCUUCCUAGUUUACUCUUGUUGCCCAGGGUUAGAUUUGCUAUUCUGGGGCUCUUGUGGUUCCAUAUGAAUAUUAUUUUUGAACUGUUAUUCUUCUUAUUAGUACAUAUUUGUCAUAAAUGUUGAUUGCAUUCAUCAUAGGGAAUCUGUACCUGUACAUAAGUCAUCUCAGUUCUUUGUUCCCAUUCCUCUCUCCUCCUUCCAGCCCUUCUUCCUCUUCCCAUUUACAGAAGCUUUGUUUGUGGAGGACCACUUGGAUGAUGCUCCUUGAAAGAACAGUUGUCUUCAUUUUAUCUAAAAUUUUCAUGUAUUGACACAUACAGAGCUGGCUAGGACAUUUCCUUAUCCCCUCAAUUGGCUUUAAAAAAUGGACUAGCCAGGUACUGAAGUAUAUAGUCUUUGAAGCAAUGGGACAGAUCAGUGUUGCCCUGCCUGUAGCUCCCAAGAAAUAUGUGAGCCAGGCAUGGAGAGCCAGAGUCACAUUAUCUGCAGAUUAGUCUCUCCGUAUCUCUUUCUAACUGCAUAUUGCAGAGGUGAUUUUAGGGUUCCUACCUUGCCCACAUGCUCACAUGCUUCCCCUACUGUUAUAGUCACUCAUCCCCAAGCCACUCCCCUAUUCAUGAAUUAAUAAAAUCUGAAUUCAACCAUGGAUUGAGGCCUUUGCUUUGGUUAGCCAUUGUAGUAGUUGGACUGAGGACUUCCUUGACUCCCCACAACUACAAAAUAUGCCCUAGUGUCUUUAUUCUUGCCAUGUGUCGUGCUGGAAGUGGUACACUGGAAUUAACUUACUAGAAUUUCAGUAAUUUUUCCAUGGGAUUACCAAUGUGGAUUUGCUGCACCAUGAUGAAUUCUAGAAGGGCUUUCUAUAUUUGCUGACAUUUUCCUUCUGUUCUCUUUUUUCCUUUUCCUUUCCUUCCCUUCCCCCCUCCCUUCUUCCUUGAACAAGUUCUUCUUACUUCCUAAUACCCAUCAUCCAUUCUGCUCCUUAUUUAUACUUUAGGUUUCUAACACAAGAGAAAUCAUAAGAUAUUUAAAUUUGUCUGUCCAAUUUAUUUCACUUAAGAUUGUAGUCUCAAGGUACAUCCAUUUUCCUACAAAUUAUUCAAAUUUGUCUUUCUUUAUGGCAGAGUAGUACCCUGUUGUAUAUAAAUACCACAUUGUGUUUAUCCAUUUACCUUUUAGUGGGCACAGGGGCAGCUUGCAAGAUUUAGCAAUUAUAAAUUGUGCUGCUAUAAGCAUAAGUAUCCAUAUAUCACUAUGAUAUGAAGCUUUUAACUCUUUCAGGAAGAUGCCUAGAAAGGGAAUAUUUGGGUCAAAUGGAACCUCUAGUUUUAGUUUUUUGAGGAAUUCUAUACUGGCUUCCAUGAUGGUUGUAUCAGUAUAUAUCCCCAGCAAUGGAAAACAGUUCCUUUUCCCCUACAGACUCACCAGCAUUUGUUUGUUGAUUUCCUGAUGAUAGCCAUUCUUUCUUGGGUGAGAUGGAAUCUGUGUUGUUUUAAUUUGCAUUUUAAGAAAGACCAAUGGUUUUGAAAAUUUUUUCAUAUAUUUAGUUGCUGUUUGCAUAUCUUCAUCUGAAAAAUGUCUGUUUAUUUCAGAAGGCCAUUUUUUGAUUGGAUUUUUAAAAUUGGGUUUUUGAUUUUUUUUGCAAUCUUUCUAUAUUCUAAAUAUAAUCCUUUGAAGAGUAACUGGUAAACUUUUUUCCAAUCUGUGGAUUGUCUCUAUACUCUUGGUGGUCUAUUUUGCUUUGCAGAAGCUUUUCAAUUUGAGUCUUUGUAAUAUUUCCGUACAAUCAAGAUUUUGCUCAUAAAGUCUUUGUCUGCACUUAUGUCUUCUAGAGGUUUAUCUAUUCUGUCUUCCACCAGAUUAUGUUUCUGUUUUAAUAUUUAGACCUUUAAUCCACUUCAGUUUUACUUUACUGCAUGAUGAGAGACAUUGGUCAAGGUUCAAUUUUUAGCAUGUGAAAAGACAGUUUUCUCUCCCCAAUUUUUUUUCUGCACAAUAUUUUAAAGGGGCUAUUUUUCUUUCAGUGAAGGUUUUGGCCCCUUUGUCAAAAAUAAGGCAGCCAAGUGUAUCUGGAAUUUUUCCUGUAUCUGUUAUCCUGUUUCAUUGAUACUCAGCUUUCAUUUGUUUGUUUUCUUUUUGCCAUUACCAUGAU